AUGUUGAAUGUGAGGUCAGGAGCCGGAGUGACGGUCCAUGAUAAGAAGAUCAUAGCAGUCGGAGGACAUAAAGGGGCUGAAAUUCAUCGUUCCACCGAGGUAUUCAUUCUAUUUUUACCGGUCGAUAGCUGUCAUUUUUCAGAUUCUGACCGGCGAAACAUGGGGGGAACUUCGGAAUAUGGCAGUGCAGAGACGGAAUACGUCCGCUGUAGCACACAAUGGUAUAAAACUGACCGAAGAUUAGUGGAAAUAUGUUUCUCCUGCAGGGCUAUUAUAUGCGUUCGGAGGCGAUGAUGGCUCGAGCAAUCUGUCAACAAUUGAAUGUGCUCAACUGGAAGACAAUCCCGAGUUGCAGUGGAAAUUGAUUGAUGUUAGCUAACAGUAAGCUAGUCCGAAAAGUAUUCCGUUUCAGACGCACAUGCCGCAAGGUCGCUCGUACGCUGGAAUCGCACUGAUCCCAAAAGACUAUUGA